AGCGUGCUCUGACAUGCUGAGGAAAGUGAGGACACACCCUGCUGUUAUUCAGGACAGAAAAUGGAGGACAGCUGCAUGCGUUCUGGACCAGCUGGAGAAACAGUGGUUGUUAACGGCAUGUAACCUCCAGCCAAAUUUGUUGCAUAAUAAGAAACCCAAGCAUUUUAAGACUCUUUGGGAAGCAGACCGCCAGUUCAAGCAAUAGUACUGCAGCUGAACUGCUGCCUAGAGGUUUUAGUGAGAGUCCAGCUCAUAAAAAUCCAAUCCUUCAGGUGUGAAGUUGCCCAAGAAGGCCGAUAAAAAGCCAGCUGAGACGAUGGCUCAAAUUGGCCCCUAAAAGCAUGGCUCUGCUGGAGGUGGGCCGCAGCACAGACUGGGAGAGCGCUGAGCCCGGUUUAUUGUCCUCUCUUCUUCUCACAUCGGCAGUGGCGCUCCUGUUCACACAUCACUGAAACACCGGUCUCAAAAGAAUCCAGAUGAUCCUGUGCAGUCCGAUGAGUUUGGCAGUGCUGUGCUGCAUACUGUGGCUCUCUGUGCCUGCCUUCCUGCGCUCUGAGUUUAAGGUAGCCUACGUUACCGAGCGCAAUGUGUACAUGUGCACACAUGUGCAUCUGGCCUUCUGUGAGAAGAUGAACUCCAGCGAGUUCAGCAACUGCAAGGAUCAAUCAUCUGUCCUGCACAGGGCCGAGAGCCCCAGCCCGGUUCACAGAAAGAACCUGACGGUGUGGUACAGCUCGCCUCUUAACGUGGCCCUCCUGCUGAACAACUCUGAGGUGACGCACCUGUCGCUGAUCCAGUGUAAGUCUGCUGCCGAGCAGCCCGUCCCGUUCGAGUACUUCACAGUGCAGUGCUUGGAGACUCUAACCGUCUCCUACCCGUUUGGGCCGCCUGGCCAGAGGCUCAUUACAGGCAAGGACAGGGACCAUGAGGAGGCGAGGAUUGCAGUCAUUCACACCUCUGUGCUGACAGGGAAAACUGAGCUGAAGUCGUACACAGUCCAAGCCAAAGUGGAUCGCAGUGGAAUGUUGCCUUUCCCAAACAUUUUUAUGUCUCGCAACGGGCUUUCUGAAAUGUCCAGGAUAUUUGUCACUUUUCUGUACUGAGAGGCAUUUUGCCAGGAAUUGAAAAGCUUCACUGUACUAGUCCCUAGAACACAGAUAGCUGUUGUGCAUAAUUAAUAACGUAUACGCAAUGCAUACAAUUACAUUAUACAGACACUUACUGCACACGUUGCAAACAUCAGAAUCUUUCAGAAUCGAACAAAUUGAUUUUUCAGAGGUUUGUAAUGUAGGCUUUGCACAUGCACUGCUGUUUUACUGAGGAUUUAAUUCUCAAGAUGUUUUGUAUUUACAAUAACGAAAAGGAUAAUAUUGAAUUUAAAAAAAAUAUUUAUAUUUAAAAAAAUGUCAAAGAAUGAUGUGAUGCUGUUGUUCAAGAUUCUACUGCCUUGCAGAAUCUGAUCCCCUUAGACAGAGGUAGACAUGUGUAAUGCCUUUUCAAAAACAACCCUGGAUCAUAUCCAAAAAAAGAGACAUAAGCAAAAGCAAAUGUGAGAUAAGCAAACAUGUAGUUUUAUCUUGUCUUUUACUCAUAUCUGAGCAUUUCGCAUCACAGCACCAGGCGAGCUACAAAACAAAUGUAAUAGAUCAGAAAAGCCACACAUGUGGAUCUGGUCCUGUAAUCAUUUGUGUUGAAAGGAAUACAAGUUGUUUGUGUU